GCAUCAGCACUGCGGACCCUCCGAGCCCACACUGAGCCGUCACGAGUGGUGAAUUUAGGUCCAUCUCAGAGCCGUUCUGUGGUCAUCAUGGCUCUCCACGAAUAUGUUACCCAAGAGCAACUCUCAGGUUUUGAUAAAUAUAAGUACAGUGCAGUGGACUCCAACCCCCUCUCAAUCUACGUCAUGCACCCCUUCUGGAACUCGGUGGUGAAGGUCUUGCCCAGAUGGCUUGCCCCUAACCUCAUCACAUUUACAGGGUUCAUGUUCCUGGUACUCACCUUCACCUUACUGUCCUUCUAUGACUUUGACUUCUAUGCCUCAGCGAAAGGCCACACACAUGUGCCAAGUUGGGUGUGGAUAGCUGCUGGUUUUUUCAACUUUGUGGCCUAUACCUUAGAUGGUGUGGAUGGAAAACAGGCACGGAGAACAAACUCUAGCACUCCGCUGGGUGAACUAUUUGACCACGGCCUGGACAGCUGGGCAUGUGUGUUCUUUGUUGCUGCUGUCUACUCUGUGUUUGGACGGGGGGAUACCGGCGUCAGUGUAGUAACGCUGUAUUAUCUGUUAUGGGUUGUCCUGUUUUCCUUCAUACUGUCACACUGGGAGAAAUACAACACUGGAAUCUUGUUCCUGCCCUGGGGCUACGAUAUCAGCCAAGUGACCAUCUCUAUUGUGUACAUUGUAACAGCAGUGGUUGGAGUGGAGACGUGGCACAAACCUGCUAUCUGGAAUCUUCAUUACAGAGAUAUAUUCACUGUUAUGAUUGUCGGUUGUUUAUUUGUUGUAACGUUGCCCAUGAGCCUCUACAAUGUCUUGAAGGCAUACCGUAAUAACACCCUGAAGCACAGUUCGGCGUACGAGGCCUUGUUACCCUUUUUCUCUCCUGUCCUCUUGUUUGUGCUCUCUACACUGUGGAUCAGUCUCUCUCCCACAGACAUCGUCCAGCAGCAACCCAGAGUCUUUUAUCUCAUGGUGGGAACAGCCUUCUCCAAUGUUACUUGUAAACUCAUCGUAUGCCAAAUGAGCAAUACUCGAUGCAAGCCACUGACUUUGUUGUUGUUGCCGAUGGCAGCUGUUGUGUUGCUAGUGAUAUCUGGGACUGUGCAGCACAGUGAAACGGUCAUCCUGUACAUAUGGACCGCUAUAGUCCUCCUAACUCACAUACACUAUGGACUGUCAGUUGUACAGCAGUUGAGUGAUCAUUUUAAUAUAUAUGCUUUCUCACUGAAGAAGACUAACUCGGACUGACAAGAUGAGAAAAUCGGCCUGAAGGCUGCUGAGGUCUAAGCUAUCUCUGCAUACUCUUCAGCUAGCCGACGCUCACCAAUCACCAAGGUGACAUAGCUAACACCAGGAAACCAAAUUUUACUGACCAAACACGCCUUCUUUUUCUGAGGAUGCUGCUCCAUCAAGAUUGAUUGAGCCCAGAUAUGCAGCUGCACCACUUGACCCAAUGAGCCUGGAGGCUGAGCUCCACCACAGGGCUCACUGAGCCCAGAGGCAGAGCUGCUCCAAGGGGCCCACUGUGCUCAGGGGCAGAGCUGCAGCAUGGGACUCACUGAGCUCAAAAAUGCAGCUGCACAACAGGACCCACUGAGCCCAGGACCUACAGUGCCUAGACUGGCAGCUGCGUAACAGGGCCCAUUCUCUCAGAAAGAGCUGUAUUGUGUUGCUAGCUCCAAGUGGAGACUGUUUGAUUGUCACGUAUCUGUGAAGCUGAGGAUAUUCAUGUUUCCUAUGGAAAUGUGCUUUUCAGCUGAGAUACUAGGAGCCUUGAACAGCUGAUAUACUUGAGUGCACAGACGAGUCCAGCAUGCUCCAUCACACGUAGCAAAUCACAUGAUGUACACGCAAAUAAGAUGAUUGUCUUCAGCUUAGUUGACUUGAAGAUUUAAUUUUAAUUUAAUGUUGGCCUUGAUUGUUUUUUUUAACAAUUCACUGUAUGAUUGAAGCAAAAGAAGGCAUUACUGAUUUACAUUUCUAGAAAUUUUAAGCAGAUUGUAAGACUUAUUUUUGGUUAUUAGAAAUAUUAAUUAUAUGUAUAUGCGUACAGAAAAGAUAUUGAGUUAAACUAUGGUGCUUUUGCUAAUCUCUUAAUUGCAUAUAUAAUUAUAAUAAGGAAAGAAUUAACAAGACCGUUCUGCCUAAAUGACACUUGAAGACUGACUAUAUUACACAAUUAACCAGUCAUCAACAGCUCAAACCUCAACCUUUAUCACUGAUUGGGCGAUAUAAUAUGUUUACCCUUUGAACUUUUAUUACUACUGUACACAGGAUAUUUUGUGUUUCCUUUAUACAUUGGUGAUGGUAUGUUUGCAUGCCGGUUUUCAGUUUCUCCAGCUAUCUUUUUGAUUCUUUGUUGCUUCACUAGUGGGCUUUUAUUGAGUUUAUUUGUGCUUGAAUGAAGAGUGUGCUUCAAACCCUGACCAGGAGAGGGUGCACUUGGAGUGAGCGAGUGAAACCUCGCUCUGUUCUUUAAACAAGAUAAAAGCACUAUUCUCUGUGCCACCAACAUACAAAUUACAGGUGUUAUGACCUACAUCAAGCAUAUUCUUUUAAAAUCUUUCACUGGUUGUCCAAAGUAUGUGUGCGUCUAUUGUACGGGUUGUGUGUGUUUGUGUGCGUGCGCGCAUAUGUGUAUAUAGUCUGUAUGUGUACUCUCACUCUGGAACCUCAUGCCUCAAUACGUUUGGUUUCUAUGGGAAGAGGGCCAGUCAGUGAAACCUACUGACUGAUGUUUAAACAUGUUUUAAUUACAAUAUAUUAUUGUUCAUAUUAAUUUCCAUAGUACAGUUAAAUAUAAACGCAUAAUUAUAUCCCUCAUCCUCUAAAAUGCUUGACAUUAAUUUAAGAGAAAUUACAUGAAUAACCUGUGUUAUAUCCAAAUUAAACUAUAUUUGUGGUCAAUUUCUAAUUUUACUGUCCAGUAUAUACUCUUGAAAUGUAUUAAAGAAUGGUGAGAUAUUACACAUUCCAAAGUGCGCUCCUGCAUUUAACUAAAAUUUUGAAAUAAUAGGAAGACUUUGUCAGAUUGUUUUAGCUUUGACCAAUAAUAAUGAAUUGGUUAGCCUUAUUUCUGUCCAAGUUAGCAAAUAGUACUUUGACAUUCUUUUGCUUGACCUACCUGACAGUAGCAGGCCCUCUGUGGCAGGCCCGUUUCUGACCAUUUUGGCACCCCAAGGCGAGAUUUCAAAUUUUCGCCUGGGGGAGCAUUCUCAUCCCGCUGGUUCGUGGUCCAGUCUGCAUUGGCGCCCCCCACAGCUGGUGGCACCCUAGGCGACUGCCUAAUUCGCCUACGCUUAGAAACGACCCUGCUCAAUUGUGGGUCCAAUUGAACACAGUAAUCGGCAUAUUUAAAAAUUUUCGCACAUUGUUUUGGUGUCAGUCAGUAACUGUACAAGCACUUGCUGUGCGUGCUGAUGAUUAUAAAACAUUUUGGAUGUGCCAGUAGAUGUACUCAAUCAGCCUUUACAAAUCAAGUGUCAGAGGAGGCUAAAACAUUUUGGAUGUGCCAGUAGAUGUACUCAAUCAGCCUUUACAAAUCAAGUGUCAGAGGAGGCUGAAACAUUUUGGAUGUGCCAGCAGAUGUACUCAAUCUGCCUUUACAAAUCCAGUGUCAGAGGAGGCUACUAGUGUGGCUUUGUGUAUUCAUUUUGUUUGUAUUAUUAUAAUUAUUUUUGUGUCCUGCAGUAAUGUGACUGUUCCCAAGCAAUACAGGAGUAAUGUAUAGCUGCAUUUGUGGAAUGCCUUGGCGAACUGUAUGGAAAUGUAUUAUUAUUAUUUUUUUUUAUCUGAAGUGGGAUAAAACACAAAAUUAACCUCUGCAUAUUGUCAAACAAAUUCCUGCCAUGUUGUAACAUUAUCUUGAUGUGCUGCCCCAUUAAAUGUAAGUGUAUCCACAGUAUCAUUUUGUCCUAUUGCAGAUUUUGACUCCUCAUUCUGAGGACAGGCAGGAUUUCACUCAGAGAUGUACAGUGUGCCAUCAGGUACUGAAUCGCGUACUGCAUUGUUUUGUGUGUUACCUUCACAAAAAAGUACUGUCUGCAGCUGUACCACAGACCAGUGAUGUUAUCAGACACCAUGAACUUUGAUAUAUACUGUCAUAUUUACAUGGUAUUCUAAGGUACUUAUAUUAUUAUCGUGGUGUAUGUUUAAAAAAAUACAAACUACAGACAGCCAUCUCUGAAUAGGGCAAGUUAUAUCCAAACAAGAGUUGUUGAAACCAAUGUGGAUUUUGCGGCUUGUCUUGUAUUCAAAAUUUAUAUAUUAAAGGUGCACUAAAUACAU